AGUCUGCUGUCCCCAGUAGCGUUUGGUUUUGGGACGGAGUACCUGUCUCGUUAUGAGGAGCAGGGCCUGGGUCUGCAGUGGGACAACAUCGGCACCAGUCCACUAGAGGGCGAUGCCUACUCCUUCUUCACCUCCAUAGGCAUGAUGAUGUUUGACGCCGUGCUCUAUGGCUUCCUGGCAUGGUACCUUGACAACGUCUUCCCAGGUCAGUAUGGGAUUGGACGACCAUUCUACUUCCCAUUCCAGCCUCCUAUUGGCAAAGGUCUGAACCCACCCUUCCAACAUUCCAGACUCAG